GCACGUUGCAUUUCGUUUUCCGGUGCGCGGAGCUUCUGCAGGAGGACAUCACUGAUCAAUCCCCAAAAUGAAGGUGCGACGAUGUUGCCUCCCAUUAGAUGCCUGCCCACCUGGAAAUUGCGGGAGCUGUCGACGACAAGACAUGGGGUUAGGCGAAUAAGAAGACGUGCUGAUGCGCGCAAAAAGGAGGUUUGCAGGAAGGUAUCGCGACUGCCGUAUCUGGAGAUGAAAACAUUCUCGUGUAUGUAUUGUCGUUCGUACUCCCACCACCGUUGCUCAGCUGAAGGACUGAGGAAGGGGCUAGUGAGAAUAAGAUGGAUGGAAGAUGAAGAUAUAACCAGCUGGGCAGCGACCAACAAUUCAUGUGACAGAACAGAAAUCCACCAUGGCCCCUUCGUAAAGUCCGUUUUCAUCCAACCUCAAUUUCUCGAACAAACACCCCAGAGUCUUGAGACGACAUCUCUGCACAUAAAAGCGGAAGUGGAAAACGCAAAGAAAAGGUCACGUGGAACAAACCGCCAUCAGCAUACUAGCAUUCUGAAUCAAGAGGAGCUGCCCUAUCGGCUGCCUACUAGGCAAUCACCGAACGCCAGAUUCUGCUCGCGAGAGGCUUCGCCGGCGGCAAAGGCUCCUGGUUUGCUCUACCGGAGAAAUAGGAGAGCCUUCAAAAUGGUCGACCUCUUCAUGGUUUUAACUGACCCACUACUGCAGCUUACCACAGAUCUACUUCGAGGACACAAAAAUCUCGUCUGCAUGAUUCUGCUACAGUGUCUACUGCCCAGAGUAUCCGCAGAGACAUCCUCGUGCCCUCCUCAAACAUCGCUCUCGAGCUCCUUACGACCGCUAUUAUUUCAAUCCCCCCCGUCACCACCAUACACCCCACCUGCUUCCCGGCCACCACCAUUGACUCCUCCGCGACUGCUCUAUUCUAAUUCGAACCCUAAGCGAUCAUUGAAGCGGCAACUCUCCUGGCACAUGCAACCGCUAGGGUUCGCUGCUGGCGAAGAGCUAUGCAAGACCAUCACAAGUCGAAUGGACAUUCCGGGAACGAUGUGCGUUCAACAAAGCGUUGAAAAUUUGGAGUUGACAAGUUGCGGCUUACUACAAACCUGUUGGAGUGGAUGCAAGCUUGGAGCAGCAUCUGAAGCGAUCCGACAACGUCAAGUUUACGGAAUUCGGCGCUUAGACUUUCAAUCCGAUGGCCGUGAGCACGUUUUGUACGAAUUUGAGCGCAACGUAGUAUGCCGAGAGAGAGGGGAGAAGGAGUACAGAAAUGCUUUAAGAAUGUGUGGUGUGGACACUAGCCAAAAAAGGUGGCGAGUCAAGUUAUGGAUUCGGUAUGAGGCAAUUAUAUGGAUGAGCAGGUUUGAUUAUACUUCCAGAGAGUGUCAACAUAUUAUCUGA